AGACAACAUAAAUUUGAAAAAAAAAAACGCAUAAGUUUUUGGUCACGCUUCUGUCUGUUGUGUUGUCAAAAAUUGGAAAAUGGCCGCGAAACAAAAUUCUAUUGAUCAAGAAGGGCAGCAAGCUACGUCUGAUGAUAUUCCGCUGACAUCCUUGGAAGAAAGUCUUCUCAGUUUAGAGAAACUUGAUCGUGCCUCUCCAGAGCUAUGGCCUGAACAAAUUCCAGGAGUAUCGGAGUUCGCACCCCAGCACAAUGCGAACCAAUCACCGCCGUCGUGGAACAGAGGACUUACAAAAGAGGACAUCAGUUAUAUGCAACGACUAGGACUACUAUCAACAAGUGGAUUAAUAAUGGAAGUGAAGAAACUCCAUGACCUUGCAUACCAACUAGGACUUGAAGAAGCUAAAGAAAUGACUAGGGGCAAAUACCUGAACAUAUUCUCAAGAAGGCAACGGUAGAGAUUUGCUCAAUAUCUCAAGAAGGCAAUGCAAAAUUUCAUUUUAGGUCUUACCUUGGACCUUAAGUUGAAUUUCAAAAAUGUUGAUUAUGAGAGCAGAAUUAAACUUGGAAUUCUAGGAAUUAGGGAACAUUUAGCAAGUUAGAUGGUUUAGUACCUAUAAUUGGUAAAAUAAAAGCCAUUGUUAUUUUUCAACAUUUAUUUAAAUUUAGUUUGUAAAAUGUAUUACAAUAAAAACAUUCAGUAAAAUGUCUUUUAA